AUGCCGAACAUGGAUUCACCUCGUCUCACUUAUGCACCGGCGGGAUUUUCCAUGGGCUCACCGAAUCCAUCUUCUUCGUUGACGUCUGAUUCUGAAGAAGAUGAUGUUAGCCAUGGAACUGUUCGCCGGUUCAACAAUCGGUCUUCUGGGAAUUUCAAUCGGGCCGGUUUUCCCGCGCGGUUGGACACUUCGGCCCUUGCCGAACUGAACAUUUCCUUCUUCGCUAUGCCUUUAACUUUGUGUUUUGUUUUGUUUGGAUCAGUGGCCACAAUGAUGAUUAUGGGUUAUUACCGACCACAUCAUGUCUUGAUGGGACCAAGCUCUUCCCUUCUUAUGGAACCAAGCCCCAUCUUUGUCCAAAGCGUAAAGGUGAAAGAUUUAGAUGAUUCGAAAUCUGGACUUGAGCUUUUUGGGUUCUACAAAACUCCCUCUCUUGAUGCUGUGGUGAAUUGGUCAGAAUCCAGAUCGGUAUCUGUCCCGCAUAGAUCUUUCAAGGCAUGGCCAUUCUAUCUGAACGAAGGAGCUUCGUUAAAUAUCUCAUAUACCGUUAAACCGGAAGACCGCCCAGUUCGGCUUGUGGUCAAGCAAGGGAAGGCCUCUGAAUCAUUGUUACAGGAACCAGUGUAUGACACUGCUCUCUCAUGGAAUGUGGUUCGAGGUAGUGGUAAGGUUGAAGUGAAGAUAAGUUCUUCUUCAAGUUAUUAUGUCGCUGUGGCUAACUCGAAGCUGAAGGACAUAGAGGUGGAACUGGAUAUCGCUGUACGGGCUGUCUUGUAUGAUUCUAAAGAUCCGUUCUACAAGUGUACCUUCAGCAACGGCGAGUGCACAUUCGAUGCAAUGUCUCUUUCUGGAACUUCUAUUGUCUUAACUUCACCAGUACCGAAACAGGGAGCACCUGUUGAAGACGGCGAAUGGUUUAUCCAGUUGUCAUAUCAACCUCGAUGGAUGGCUUAUGUGAUCAUCACAGGUUUCUUGUGUUGCUUCGCGCUGUUAGUUAUACAGUUGAUGAAUUGGUUAUGGCUUAAAUUAGAGAGAGCUUUAACCGAUAAUGAUUCACCGAGAAGACCUCUCCUUGCGAACAAAGAUGACGAUGGUUCAAGCAUGGGUUCGUCUAAUGAGUCUUUCGUAGAUGAUGCUGACUUGGAAGACUUAAGCGGCAAUGGAGUUGAAGAUUGCAUAAUGUGUUUUGAGGCUAGACGUGACUGCUUCUUCCUCCCGUGUGGCCACUGCGUCACUUGCUAUGAGUGCGGAACAAUGAUAGAAGACGUUACUGGGGUUUGUCCAAUGUGUAGAAAGAAGAUCAAGAAGGUUAAGCGUAUUUAUACCGUGUAA